GCCGUUUUUGCCGAUUCAAGGUUGUUCUCGGGUUUAGGUAAUCCAAGGGCUGAAGAAUAUUAACGAAGCCGCGCCCGACAAAGGGAGAUGUUCGAUAGGAUAUCAAAUCUUUUAGCGUCCGACCAUGGUGUAAACUCUAAGUAAACCACUUAGAAGUCCGUUGAGUGAGGCUAUAGUGUUAGUAGCUGCGGUCUGUUCAGCAGGCUACGAUGCUCGUCAUUUAUAAAUUAGCAAGCGUAUGCGCAGUUGCUUUAAUCCUCAUCGCUCUCUUCUUUUUCACCCAUCCAGUCGACGUCGAGUACCAAUGGAAUCGUCUCGCCCAAGGAAAGAACAAACCCUCUCACAAUGGAGCUGUGGCAGGCGGUAUGCCUCUACGAAUGAUGUUCAUAGGCGCUUCGGUCACCCGUGGUGAGGUUUCGACGGGGGAUAGGGGUUAUAGGAAACAGCUUCGUGACAAGCUCACGUCUCUGGGUAACCCAGUCAACUAUGUUGGUUUCAACCGUUUCGGCGACUUUCCCGACAAUGACGUCGAAGGUUACGGCGCCGCACGAAUUAGACAACUUCGCGACCAUGCGGAACAGGCUGUACCGUACCUCCAACCAAAUCUCAUCCUCAUCCAAGUCGGCACUAGCGACUGCUUUCAGAAAGACGAUCCUGUAAAUAUCCUAACCCGGAUGCGCGAUCUUGUCGAGUACCUCCUAGAAGCCUCGCCGAAGGCUACAGUUAUCAUGUCGACUCUCUUAACGACCCCCGACCUCGAAGCCGAACCGUGUAUGAAGAGUGCGAACGCGCAGAUCCGCCAAGUUGCUACCGACUUGAUUCGAGAGAAGAAACCGGUCGCAAUAGCAGAAAUGCACUACGACCAAGGGCUUCCCCGUCGACCGAGGCCUGAAGAUAUCGGGGGCGACCGUAUUCAUCCUACAGAUGAAGGUUAUUUCAUGAUGGGAGAUAUUUUCAUGGAGAAAAUUCGGGAGGUUGAGGAGAAGGGAUUUUUGAAGUAUCCGGCCGAGAACGGUAUCCCCGAAGAUGGCGAAUCGAGCAGAGAGGUUGAAGACCAGCUUAAAGAGAAGGCGGAAAAAGAACAUCCCUUAAAAACAUAGAGCCUACGAAAACACUUAGAUGGGGAUGCUAGCCGGGAUGUAUUUUUCCAAAUCGCAAUCUAGUCCGAUCGAUGAUGGUGUAAAAGUUUGGAUGACUCCGGGAUAGAUAGGUAGGUACCUACUAAUAAUCAGAGACAUGAUAUGAACUUCGAUCCGAAGGGCCCUCAAGCUUUCCGCAUAUCGGGUUGUCAAACUACAGUAUCACUUUUGCUCAGAAAUAUCAGCGCUCUUGGCUACCUCUUCCCAUUCGUCACAUAUCUUAAUCAUGUCCUCACACUUCGCCCUUAUUCUUCCCCACCCAUCGCUUCCUAAAGGGAUUCGUAAAGGUAUGUCCUUUCCUUCAGCUACACCGGUUCCCUUCACCAAAUCAAUCAUGAUCGAAACGGCUUUUUCGGCAUCACCAGGCUCAUUACCCACUACGCCAGCCUCGACCGCGCGAACAGCUGUGUUGAAUUGAGCAUAAUCAGGUACGCGUGGAGGUACGUGGUUGAUUUUGGCGAAAGCUCGUGUACGAAAGUAGCCUGGUUCUAUGAUCAGAACCUUCAGGUUAGGCGCAAACAUGGCUAGCUCUUUUGAUAGACACUCGACAGCACCUGUAGAGGUAGUUCAUAAGCAUUUUAUGUUGUUUCAAUUAGAAGAUAAAGACAGAGAUAGACUACGCCGGCACAGGGCAGGGGCUAUAGUAUAAAAUCAAUAUAAAUGAAAAUUUUACCUUCGAGUGCAAAUUUACUGC